AUGAUAACAACUUUAGCAGCUAGAAGGAUACUUGGAUUAAAUAGUACAAGACAUAUUUCCAGUACAAUUUAUAAGAAUAAUGUUCCAGUAAAAAAAGAGGGAUAUAAGCCUUUGUCUAUUGAAGAAUUUGUGGAAAAAGAAAUGCAAAAACCUCAAUCUAAAAUUCCAGAAAAAAUAAGAAAGGCAAUAACUAUAGCAAAGUAUCAUUUGUUUAAAAAAACACCAUUGGAUCAAGAAACAAGACUUUUAUUAGAUAAAAGUGCUGGACAAUUAUAUUUUUGUUGCGCUAACAAUUUUCCAUUUAUUGGUUUACAAGAAAAAUUUGGUCUUCCAGAUACAUUUGCUUCAUGGUAUAAACUUACAUUAAUGCAUGUAUGGAUGGUUUUAAUGAGAAUUCAUUUAUCAAUGGAUUAUUAUUCUUAUGAAAGAUUUAGAACAACUUUACUUUCAGUUAUGUGGCAUGAUAUAGAUACAAGAUUAAAGUUGGUAUCACAAGAAAUAAAUAUGAAAUUAAAUUCAAAAAAAGACAUAAGAAAAAUGCAUGGUUUAUAUGUACAAACAUUAUUUGAAUAUGAUGAAGGAUUUCUUAAGAAUGAUGUUGAUCUUGCUGGUGCUGUAUGGAGAAAUUUAUAUGUAUCAAAGGAAAUUGAUCCAAUUUGUUUAGCUAGUGUUGUUAUGUAUAUUCGCAGUACAGUUGCAUAUCUUGAUUCACUAGAAACUGGAGAAUUGUUAGUUAAUGGAAUUUCUCAAUGGAGACAAUUAAAAGGAAGAAAAGCCAUAGAAUAA